AUGGCUCCGCUUACUCGUGCUCCUUCCUUGAAAGAACGUCUUUCUAGUACAGGUGCUUCUUUCACUAACCUGUUCAAAUUGGGAAAGAAAAGGUCCCACGAUGAGAUGACAGUAAGUGACGAUGAACGAGUAGAAAGUAACGAUACUGCACCAGAUGCAGCAGCAUCGAUUGUAUCUGAAACAACAACAACAACCAGCGAAGAUGCAGAGACUGAGGAAUCGGAAGGUCCUUUGCGGAAAAGACCACACUCUGAAACAAAUGAUUUCAAGGCCAGGGAAAAGGAGUUGGAUGAAGAGCUACCUGUUGAGUAUAGAAAGUUUAGACCUAAGGGCUUCAAGUUCAAUUUACCACCAACAGAUCGUCCGAUUCGUAUAUAUGCGGAUGGUGUGUUUGAUCUUUUCCAUUUGGGUCAUAUGAAACAAUUGGAACAGUGUAAGAAGUCGUUCCCCAACGUGACGUUGAUUUGUGGUGUUCCAAGCGAUAAAGUGACGCACAAGUUGAAAGGGUUGACUGUCCUUACCGAUAAGCAGAGAUGCGAGACGUUGACACAUUGUAGAUGGGUUGAUGAAGUGAUACCGGAUGCCCCAUGGACUGUGACGCCGAAAUUUUUAGAAGAACACAAGAUCGAUUAUGUGGCACAUGACGAUCUACCAUACGCUAGUGCUGAUAAUGACGAUAUCUACAGACCAAUUAAAGCAAUGGGUAAGUUUUUAACUACCCAACGUACCGAAGGUGUUUCUACCAGUGAUAUUAUCACCAAGAUCAUCAGAGACUAUGACAAGUACUUGAUGAGAAAUUUCGCAAGAGGUGCCACGAGACAGGAGUUGAACGUAUCUUGGUUGAAGAAGAACGAAUUGGAAUUCAAGAAACAUAUUCAAGAUUUCAGAUCGUAUUUCAAGAAGAACCAAGAAUCUGUCAACGUCGCAUCAAAGGACUUGUAUUUCGAAGUUAGAGAAAUGCUUCUUAAAAAGACACUUGGAAAGAAGUUGUAUUCAAAACUUAUUGGACCCAUGGGUCAUGAAAGCGUUAGAAGAAGUAAAAGGAUUUCGGGUAGAUCCCCAGUAACUCAAUUCGCGAAAGACUACACUGGUGAAGAGGUUGAAUCUCCAACUAGUGAUAGUGAUCCUGAACUGCAUAGAGGUAGUUCUGAAUCGCCGAAUCAUUUGUUUUCAGAUGAAGAUGACGACGAAGAGGAAGGGGACAGGGAAAGGUCACCAACUACCGAUUGA